AUGUUAAUAUCAGCCAAUGAGAACUCUCUGUCCAUUAGUGGACAGAUCACGGCACAGUGUAUGCGGUCUGAAGUGCUUCCCCUCGACCAGUAUGGACUUCAUUCAGGGGAGGAGAGUUACUUCUGUCUGUACUGGGAAGCAUUGCUGGACCAGAUGAAACUGCAGAUUGGUGGGAUGAACCUCACUCUAUGCUGGCCCACUGGUCUACCAGACUCCUGUUGCACUGGUCUGGCUGAUAGCCCAAAGUCCAGCCCUCCAGCACUCUACGGCAUCGCCAAUACAAAGAUCAAAGGGGAUAUCACUUCCAGUAAAACACUGAAAUUCUACAACUUCAAGGGAUACCUCAACACUUGCAAAACAUUAUGUCCUUCAGUCAUGAAAGGUGUCCCACCAGAGUCUGCCACCUCUGUCUAUCUGCCCCCCUCUCUAAAGCAAGCUGCAAAAAACCACAGCAAAGUAGUCUGCACCUUCUUCAAAAACAACUCCCUGUUCCAGGAUGGUCAUGAGAAGGGCAGGAUUCUCAAUGAUGUGGUGGGAAUCACCGUGGAGAACGAGGUCAUCAAAGAUCUGCCUGAGCCAAUCAGGAUCACUUUCCACCAUGAUGUCAUUCCUGUGCAUUGGCUGGGUGAUGGGUGUGAGACUCUGCAGAAAGGAGCCAACCACACUGAGUGCCUGUGUGACCAUAUGACUUACUUUGCCGUCCUGGUGCAACUGAAGGAUCGACCGGUGCGCCACCUGCUGGCGCUUACUACCAUUACAUCUCUGGGUUGUGCCGUGUCUGUGAUCAGCUGCAUCGUUCUCAUCAUCUUCCUCUGCAGGAAGAGGAAAUCUAAGGAGCAGUCCAUACCUAUCCACCUGGGUUUAGCUGCUUCCCUCGCCUUCCUCAAUCUGCUCUUCUUCUUUACCGGGGUCCUGGCCAAUGUGGGAGGGGAGAGUGUGUGUGUGUGGGUGGGGGCAGCCCUCCACUACGCCCUGCUCAGCUCCUUCUUCUGGAUGGGUAUAGAGGUUUUCAAUAACUUCUGGUCGUCCCAGGAGGUUUUUAAACUCUCCCCAAAGCCAUAUGUCUGGAACCUGGUCGGCUUUGUUCUCCCAGCUGUUCCUGUUAUCAUCCUGGCUGCAGUAGGUGACAUUUACGGCCUGAGGGAGGUGGUGCCGAGUGAUGACGUGUCCAAUCCUUAUCUCAUCAAGGCCUGGCUGGCGCACUAUUUCACCACUAUGGCCAUCUCGCCCAUACUGGUGAUCACGGGCAUGGUGAUGCUCUUUCUGGUCUACAGGAAGAGCACCAAGAAAGAAAAGAGGCAGUACCGUAAGAAACUUCUCAGUAUCUGGGGUCUCAGCUGCAUCUAUGGGACAACUUGGGGUCUCAUCUUCCUGGACAUAAGACCUCUCUCUGAAUACGUUACCUUUUUCUCCUGUGUCCUCAAUUCAUUUCAAGGUUUCCUCCUCAUGCUACGGUUCUACAUGCUGGACUGGAUGCGGAAGCAGUCUGGCAGUUCUAGCCUUGGUAGCACCAGCACCGGAUCCACCAGACAACACAUGCUACAAGAGAAGAGCUAGAUGAACUUAAAGAGGUGUGACACAUGUCACACAGGUGGAAUGAGAAAAAACUUCAGCAGUUAAAGUUUAUCAUGUACCA